GGAAGACAAACGAAAUUUGGAGUAUUUACAAAGCGUCGGAAGAGACAUGAACAAUUAAGAUAAAUUCCUUACCUGCUUAAUACACUUAACAAUGGCUACACCACAAAUAUUUGCCAACAGAGUCAUUGCCGUGACAGGAGCCGCCCAAGGCAUCGGCCUCGCAGUUGCACGUUACCUUGCAGCUCGAGGUGCCAAUCUGGCACUUGCCGACGUCAAAAGAAAGGAGCUGGAAACCGCACAUGAGCAAAUGUCCAAGGAUUUCCCCAAUGUCGAAACUACCACGACAGUGGUUGACGUAUCAAAUACCCACUCCGUGAACGAAUGGAUCGCAGAAACCAAACAGACUUUUGGCAAGCUUGACGGAGCCGUCAACAAUGCCGGUAUCCUCGGGAAAUGGGCAAAAAUCACCGAUCUUAAGGACGAAGACUGGCAGAGAGUUCAACAGGUUAAUGUCGGAGGGACUAUGAGAUGCUUGAGAGCAGAACUGAAGAUAAUUGAGGAAGGUGGAAGCAUCGUCAAUCUCUCCAGUGUUGCUGGUCUAACUGGCUUCCCUGGAUUGUCGCCUUAUGUCGUUUCCAAGCACGCAGUGAUCGGGUUGACGAGAUGUGCGGCGAAAGAAGCUGGCCCAAGGAACAUCAGAGUAAAUGCCAUCUGCCCCGGUCCCAUCGAGACACCAAUGCUAGACGAAGUCUACGCGGGUACAGCUUUACCAAAGCCACCCAUUGCACGGGACGGAAACCCCGAGGAGAUUGCAUCCCUAGUUGGAUAUCUGCUGGGGUCGGAGAGCAAGUAUACGUCAGGGGCGUGUAUUCCUGUGGAUGGGGCGGGCUAUGCAUGCUGAAGGGAGCUAGGCGUGGUUGGGUUCAAGUAAUACAUUCGGCCUGUAGAGUAAAACUUUGGUUAGUGUCAUAAUCCUUUUUAAUCGCUUUUCUCGGAGCUGUUCGCUGUAAGUAGUGGUAGCGGAAGAAGCAU